AUGGAGCACUGGCUUGUUCAUCUCAGAUGGUCCAAAAAACAUGGCUUUUCUUCUUAUCCAGUGCCCGAAAUUGAAAAUGGUGAAAACGGCAGCUGUAACGAAGAGCAAAUUCAUAUUGACGAUGAACCCUCGGUAGCAGAUCGAAGCCGAUGUUGUUGUGAGUCCAUACAUAUUAAGAAUGGUGCUUAUGCUGUUGCAUUUUUUUAUGCUCUUAUCAUAGUGUCGAAUUUGGGUAUUCGCGCAUAUAAAUCAGAAGAGGUACUUUGGGUUUUGGGUCAUAAAUUGCUUUUUCUCAUAUCAGACUCUGUUUCUGUUGUUAGUCUUUUUUACGGGGUGGCUAGGCGACGUCCAGCCUUUCUACAGCCUUUCACAGUAGUAAGCCUGCUGACCAUUAGCUUUUGUAUUCUCUUGACUGUUUUCUAUGGUGCAGCCGCUGUGAAUCCUACUUCAUUCUACGGCGAACAAGUUGAAAUUCUUUUGGCUGACAAAGUUCAAUUGCUGGCGGAUACUUUUUCAAUCAGCCAGAAAGAUGUGGUGGUUUCUACUGCAACUGUUACUACACUCAUUUAUGCUUGUACAGUAGUGAUUCAUAGUUGGUUCAUGAUAAUUGUCGUAAAGUGCGCUCAAUACUUUCGGGAUAAAUAUGACGAGACCCUAACAACAACUUCUAAUGAGGAUGGGGAAAAACCUGUGAGUAUCAUGACGAACAGUAUUCAGAUCAAUCAGGACAAUAUUAAUAUGUUAUGA